AUGCGAAAAAAAUCUGAGCAGUUUGUUGAAAACAUGUCUUCUCAAUGGUCUGUUUUGUCUUCUUGUAACGAUGCUAGUUUUAUGCCAAGCUUUCAUAUAACAGAAGUUACUGCAACACCAUUAAAUCUUUCACAACAGAAAAUAUUGAAUUAUAAACCUAAUGUAAAACCUCUCCCUGAUCACAGUCAACUUUGGAAUAAUCCUGUAUUCGGUGUUGAUCAUCAAGCCAAUAUACCAUCUGUAGCAAACUCAAAAAGGUUACUUUCAAGAAAAUCGUUUGACAUAGUAAACAAUACAUUUUCUUUUUCAAAAACCAUGCUUGAAAGAGUGGUAGUUCUUGGUCAAGUUGAUGAUAAAUUUAUAAGUUGUGUUUUCAGUUCAAAAGAUGAGGGAGAUGUUUUGGUUCUGAUUGAUCAACAUGCUGUGCAUGAAAGGAUUCGUUUAGAAAAGUUACUGAAUCAAACAGGUUAUUACAAAAAUGAUGAAGACAAAGUACAUUUGAAAUCACUCUUUACUCGUUUGCUUCCACCUGCACAUGUUUGUUUUAGUGAAAGUGAAAUAGAUUUAGUAAGACACUAUCAAAAAGAAUUAAAAGAGUUGGGAUUGGUCUUCUCAAUUUCAUCUCUACAGAAAAGUUCACAUAGUAUUGUACUUCGUUCAAUACCAUGUAUGUUUGUCAAUGUGUGUGAAUAUCAACCAGAAGCAAAAGGUAGUGUUAUAAAUUCAGGUCUAGUCAAAGAUUUUAUUAUGGAGCAAAUCCAAGUUAUUAGCACUACCCAUGGUAAAUGCAGUUUAUCAUCUUCAACACUGUAUAAAGCAAUGGCUUCCUAUGCUUGUCAUGGAGCUAUAAAAUUUGGUGAUAAGUUAUCCUUAAAAACAUGCCAAAACUUAAUGAAGGAACUUUCACAAUGCGAUCUACCAUUUCAAUGUGCUCAUGGAAGGCCAUCAGUUGCUCCUUUGUUUAAACUAAAUCAGUUGAAAUAUUUAGAUAAAUCAUAUAAUCAUAAGGGAUUAAAUUUUUCCAAGUUGAGAAUAAAUAAGUAA